AUGCUCCUUCAUAUCCGUGUCUCUAACAUCUCGCUGCCCCGUCCUCUGUCCCACCCGCAGGGAACCUGCGGAGGCCUCCGCACCCGCAAGCUGGACGGAACGGAGAACCACCUGGUGAUGUCUCACCUGCGCGCCAGGAGCACCACCGAUGUCUCCGCGGACAUGUCCCUCGGGGGGACCACAGGCGACAACACGCGCCUGCUCGAUCGGGCUCCAGAGGAGGAGGAGGAGGAGGAGGCGAUGCAGGCGGAGGGCGUGCGGGAGGUGGCCGUGGCAACCGGCCUGGAGGUGCUGUACCAGGAGACCCCCAACUACCGUGGAGCGGCGGCCGAGGCUGACCGCAUGAUCGAGCCUAGGGAGACGGUUAGGCAUGCCUGGCGAGUGCCAGACCUGGGUGUAGAGCCAGUUGUUAGUGCAGGUGAGGAGGCGGUGACUGAGGGGGGUUAG